UUCCGACUCCAGCGUUCCUUCCCAGUCGUUCGAAUAUCACAGAGAAAAGAACGAAGAAGAAAAGGCAAUUAGCUUACAACAAUUAGAUUGAAAGAGCAGUAAGUCGGUGGUGAUCAGUGGCUCUGCUGGUUGAGUUGGGUCACUAGCUUGGGUGAUCUGGGGCACCUGGAUUUCAGAAUUAUCUUUUACUUUACCACCCAUAUUUCAGUUUCUUUUCUAUCUUUUUUAGUUUUGGUAUUGCUCAUGUGCUGGCAAAUCGUGUGCGAGUUAUCUGUCUAUAUUUUAUGCUGAAGCACAUGUAUGUUUGUAUAAAAAACGAAUUUUUAUCAGUUCUAUGCUGAGCUGAAAACUAAAAUAAUGAUCUCGAGCAGCACAAAGAUCAUAUUUUAACAAUUGAAUAACUGUCAUAUACCACACGAUGGGAAAUGAAGAUUUUGAAGCAGCAGCAAAUGGAAGGUGAGAAAAUGGAAGCAGAGCUAUUAGUGGUAGCAGCAAAGAUCAUAUUGUCGGUAUUGGUGGGUGGGUUUCUGCUGUUGUUCUUGUAUCUAUAUGAACUACUGAUAUUGAGGCCUAAAGGGCUAAGAUCAAAGCUCCAAAAGCAGGGAAUUAGAGGGCCUCCUCCGUCAUUUCUGUUGGGGAAUAUCCUUGCAUUAAAGAGACUUCAAAGCAAGGUCCAGUCAUCUGCAUCAAAGACUACAGAUCCUCAAAAGCCCUAUCAUGAUGAUGAUCGUGUGGCUUCUAUUUGUCAUCAAUGGCCUUCAAAAAUCUUCCCCCACAUAGAGGAAUGGAGAAAUGAAUAUGGGCCAACAUUUAUGUAUGCACUUGUCCACAUGCAACAAUUAUGUAUAACAGAUGUAGAGCUAUUGAAGGAACUUGGGCUUUGCAAGUCAUUAAUCUUGGGCACUCCUUCCAUAACGUCCAAGAUUCUCGGACCUCUUCUGGGACAGGGUCUUUUAUCAUCGAAUGGAUUAAUUUGGGCCCAUCAAAGGAAAACUAUCGCUCCUGAAUUAUACCUUGCUAAGAUCAAGGGCAUGAUGGACCUAAUAGUGGACUCUACAACCUCAGUGCUAAGAACUUGGGAAAGUGAAAUCCAAACGCAGGGAGGAACUGCAGAAAUUAGAAUUGAUGAGAAUCUAAGAAACAUAUCUGGAGAUAUAAUUGCAAAAGCUUGUUUUCAGAGCAAUUAUAGUGAAGGAGAAGAAAUAUUCUCAAGACUUAGGACUCUACAAAAGGUUUUGUCAAAGGGUAUGAUGGGGGUAGAAGGCUUAAUCAGAUGGUUGCCAACAAUCGAAAAUAGAGAAAUAUGGAGAUUAGAGAAGGAAAUUGAGUCAAUGAUAUUGAAGGUGGUAAAACAGCGCAGUGAAGCUUCAUAUGAGAAAAAUUUGCUGCAAAUGAUUCUUCAGGGUGCUGAAACUUCGGGUGAAAAUGGCCUAUCACAUAAGAAGUUCAUUGUUGAUAAUUGCAAAACCAUAUUCAUUGCUGCCCAUGAGACCACUGCCGUUGCAGCAUCAUGGAGCUUGAUGCUACUAGCUUUACAUCCAGAUUGGCAAGCUCGUGUUCGUGCUGAGGUGCUCGAAAUCUGCGGGGAUAGGCCUCUACAUGCAGAUAUGCUUCCAAGCAUGAAAGUGCUCACAAUGGUGAUUCAGGAAGUAUUGCGUCUAUACUCUCCUGUAUUUUUUUUAGCAAGAGAGGUCCUUGAAACUAUCACAUUGAAAAACAUUGUGAUUCCAAAGGGUGUGGUCCUUCAGAUACCAGUACCCUUUCUACACCAGAACCCUGAUAUAUGGGGCCCUGACGCAUAUUAGUUCAAUCCAGAAAGAUUUGCCAGUGGAGUUCUCAAGGCUUGCAACUCUCCACAUGCCUACAUGCCAUUCGGACUUGGUCCCCGAAUCUGUGUUGGUCAACAUUUAGCAAUAACUGAGCUUAAGGUGAUUCUUUCUUUGAUUCUAUCAAAGUUUUGUUUUUCCCUCUCACCAGCAUACCAGCAUUCCCCUGCUUAUAAUCUCUUAACGGAGCCUGAACAUGAUGUCAUUCUCCGUAUGAGGAGUUUGUGACUUCUUAAUGUUCGAGAAGCUUCGGUCCUCUUGUGUUAAACUGUUCAUGUCAAAGCCACCAAAUUGCAAUGAACACUACGUUGUUGACAAAUAAUAGAUUUUGUCUACCUAUCGCAAUAGUAUCCACAAUAAACUCUCCCAGCUUUUCAUUAUCAAGUACAUGGCACAUAACAUCACAUUAUUAUAGGGCUAUGAGGUUCAGAGUGAGCCUGGAGCCUUGGAUUUGUAUGUAAACAAAAUGAAAUGUUGUCAUACCAGUUGGGAUCUUUAAGGUUGGGUAUAGUUUGUGUCCCUAUAUCAUAUAUCUCUGAAACUGUUUUACAUU